AUGUUGGAUCAAUCUCAGCGAGUUGUUCCCACGCGCAAUUUCGUCGUCUACCGGGCAUCAUUAGAUCCGGCAGACCCGUAUGAUGCGUGCGCUCCCCUCGAAUUCUAUCCUGAGCGUGAUUCGGACGAGCUGUUCGAGGCUCUAAGGGAGGCUUUCCCUCAUGUUCGUACCCACAAGGAACGUGUCCGAGAUGCAGUCAUCGAAUAUCUCCUCAUGGAGAAGGAAGAGCUUAGGAAGCAAGAAGAUACGACCAUGCCGUCCGCCUCCAAUUUCGACUUCGCCAUGUUCCCCACCCCCACGGACAGCUUCACUGAGGCUGGGCCUUCAAAUCCGCUUGGGAGCAUGGACAUAUUCCCGCAAUCUUCCAACAUGAUCCCGUCCCUCUCUGCAGACGGCUUCGAACUCGACCUCUCCCUCACCUCCCCAUCCGAUUCUUUCCUCUCCUCCCCCGAUUCUUUCCUCACCUUCACCACUCCCGACAUGACCCCAUUGAUGUCGGCUCCUUUCGACUCUUUCCCAAGCGACGAUGCCUCCCGGAGCGUUUCACAGGCGUCCUCAGUCGCCGGUCCCUCGGCCAGCGCGACACCAGCCAUGGAGCAGUUGACCACGGUGUGGAGCAUCUCAAGCGAGCCGCAGCCGAAAAGGCGGUCUCGACGAGCCAUGACCGAGGACGAGAAAAAGGCGUACCGAAAGAAGAGGGUCGUUGGCGCAUGUGCCGAGUGCCGGAGGAAGAGGAGGAAGUGCCAACAUACGGGCGUCGAAGCCCAGUAUGCGAAGGUGGCAACCAAUGAUCAGAUACCGAUCAGGUAUAAAGUCCGUCAGCCAGACAAACCACAAUCUGUCCGACUCGAUCGCUCCAGUCCGGGAAUGGUGUCCGAUCGUCUUGUCAGCUCCGCUGGCCUCGCAAAUCUUCCCUCCAGCGACAUCAACGAACCAUGGCAGGCCAUACCAUUCAAAUCGGAAGGCGACCUUGAGAGGCAUUACGAAGACCUCUAUCUCACCCCGAUGUCCACCAGUUCGGAAGAGAGCGCAAACCAAGUACUCCAGGACGAAUUCGGCCUCAAGCAGAACGCCAUCAACAUGUCCCACAAGGCUCCAGGGGCAAUAGUCAUGAGAAACCAGCUCAGCCGCAAUCCAUUCCCACUCCCAACCGACGACAGCUCAUCGCUAGAUCCCCGUGGACUAUCGCCCGGCUUCGUUCGGCCUCCUGCCGCUACAUCGAUCUCGGAACACUCGUCUCCAGGACUUGGGUCGUCAUUUACGGACCUGUCCUUUUCACUGUCGGGAGACCUUCUCCAUACCAGUUCUCUCCGUCCAACCGCUAGCCAAGGAAUCACCGGCCUCGGGGAAUCCGUUGGGCUCAGCUCUUCCUCCUCUUCCCAGUUCACCGAUGAAAAUGUCCGACGUCGCCCUCGUUUGUCAUUCCCCGCUACGGAUGGCCUCGGGGAUGCGGCCCGCACGGCUCACGUCUCCCGCCAAUCCACCGCCGGGCUUACCGACUCUGUUUGGCCAAGCUCCUCCCUUAUGCGGCAACUCACGAGCGACAACGUUCGGCGUCUUCCUUUGGCGUCCGGCACUCCGGAUGUUCACCAAGAUUCUGUUCGCGGGGUUCCCGUCUCCCGCCGCGUAAUGGCCGCUAUCUCUCUCCCCACCCCAUCCGCACCGUCAGCAGCGCGGGAAUCAAAGGGCGUAUCCGCAAUCGCCGGCCUCCCGCUUUCUGCCUCACCUGGCGUAACCGCUCCCUCUCCUUCCCCCACGACCUCAGUGUCGUCAAAUGGUGGACUUAUCUCCACCCCGUCCUCCGUGGCCAUUCGACGGUUCAAGAACCCCUCCCCCCCUCUUCCGGUUCUUUCAUCCCCGGUGGCCACGGCCGUGUCCGGCAGCGCCGACAAGCGCGCUGCCACGACCCAAACGGUCGCCUCCCUGGCCCACAGUGGUGUCAUGGGCGACCUGGUGUCGGCGGCGAAGAUUUACUUCGCCGUCAUGGGCGCGCUCUGUGUGCUCUGCAAUAUCAUGAGUCAGCAGAAUGCGCAGGCCAGGAAGACAGCGCGGAUGCCGAUCGACAGUGUGUGUCGUGCUGUUCGUGUACGGUCAGGCAGGAUGUUCUGGGGGUCAAUGCACGGUCCUAUCGCUGUCGUUUAA